AUGUUAAACAUUAUAUUUUUGUUAUUAACUUUUCCCCUAAUUUCAUACAGUCAAAUAUGUUCGACAAUCACUUUGGAUUCAUCACAACCUUUGGGUAAGUUAUUUUAAAAUAAAAAUCAAAAUAAUGUUAUUUAUUGAUUCAGAUGAAUAUUACAUCUACAGUAAUGAAUUGACAAUAAAUACAACUCGAGUUGCAUAUGUUAUUUCAAAAUCUCUUCCAACUUCUGAUUUCGAACUUGUCUCAUCUUCUGCUCGUUUACUUUCUUCAAAUGAUUCCGCUUGUCUUGAUACAUGUACAAUUACAAUCGCAAGUUAUAUUGAUAUAAAUCAAGGUGAUCAACACAGUGUUUUGCAUUUCGAUUCCGAUCAUACUUAUUAUAUUCCACCAAAUUAUGUUCGAGAUAACACAUCUUCAUUUACUUGUGCAAAAUAUGCAGGAUACUGUGGAGCAACUAUUCCAGUUUAUCGAUAUUAUAAAAUUAUGUCAAGUGGUGUUUGUAAGUUUUGAUUUGAUUUUAUUUUAUUGAAAUAUCAAUUCACAUACUUUUUUUAGAUCAUGCCUAUUCAUUUGGACAAGAUUCAAUUGAUGGAUAUUAUCAAGAAACUGUUCCGAUUUGUUAUGGCUGGAAUAAUUCUAAUUCAACAUCUUCACCGAUUCAAUAUUCUUUACAAACUUGUGAUUCUCAAGUUUAUGCUGUUUCAACAAGCAGUUCAAGUUUUGUUGAUUUGAAUAUUUAUGACAAUGGAAAAUUGGGAGUUGAAAGAGAUCAUUGGUAUACUGUAAAACAAGAUGGAGAUUCUGAAUUAAGUGGAUAUUCGAAAAUUGGAACAUUGGGAAAAGUAUUAAUAUCUUAUAAGAAUACAACAUGUACUUGUCUCGAAAAACUUGUUCAAAAAUACGAUAAUCAAACAGGAAUGUUUCGUAUGUUUAAAAUCUAGAUUAUUAAUCAACAAAUAUUUUUCAGAUCGAAUUGAUCAUAAAUUAACAACAAGUGAAAAUAAUCAACCAUAUGAACAAUAUUAUGAAACUGGCGAAGUUGUUUAUUGCGCAAGAAAAGAAAAUGAUUGUGGAGCAACACUUCCACUUUAUAAAUAUUUCCAGUUUUAUGAUAUUGAUACAAUGUAUUCAACUAAUUCAACACCAAUUCCAUAUGCUUUUCGAAUUCCAUCAACACCACUUUGUUAUAUUUGGUCAUUGGAUUAUAAUGGAAUGAUAUCUGGAAAUAAUAAUAAUAAUACAACGGUAUCUGAUAUUCAAACAACAACUGAAGGGACAAUUGAGGAGUCUACAAUAUCUGAUUGGGGAACAACUCAUGAAACAUCUUCCACGCAAAACCCGUCAACAAUUUCUGAAUGGGCAACAAGUUCGCAAUCUCCAUCGACUUCCCAAACUUCAUUGUCUGAUUCCGGAACUGGAUCUCUUGAUCUUUUCACCUCAACUCAAUUGCCAUCUACAGUAUCAAGUUGGGAUUCUAGUUCAACAACAUUAUUUGAUAUGAUUACAUCAACACAAUUAACAGCAACAGUAUCUGAUCAGUAUAUAACAUCUCAAGAACCAUCAACAACACAAGAUCAUUCUACGGUUUCUGAUUGGGGAACAUCUUCACAAUCACCUUCGACAGUUUCUGAGUGGGGAACUUCGAGCCAAUCACCAGCUACAUUAUCAAACUGGGAUACCACCACACAAAACCCAUCAACUAUUUCAGAAUGGGAAACUUCGAGUCAACAACAAUCUACAGUAUCCACUUGGGACACAUCCACUCAAAAUCCAUCAACUAUUUCAGUUUGGGGAACUAGUUCAUCCGCAACUUCAACUAUUUCAUCUUGGGACACUUCAACGCAUCAACCGCCUACGGUUUCUGAUUGGGGAACUUCUUCUCCAUCCCCUUCUGAAUGGGAUAGUUCUACUCAGAAUCCUUCGACGGUUUCAUCAUGGGAUACAUCAACACAUCACCCACCAACAGUGUCUGAUUGGGGAACAAGUCCGUCGGCACCAUCAACACUUUCCGAUUCGGGAACAUUAUCUGAAACCUCUCCAACUACUUCUGUAUGGCCUACUAGUUCCUCCCUACCUUCAACCGUCUCAGAAUGGGGAACUUCGAGUCAGCAACCAUCCACAGUAUCCACUUGGGACACUUCAACUCAAACACCUUCCACUAUUUCGGUAUGGGGAACAUCCUCUCCAUCUCCGUCAACAGUUUCUGAAUGGGGUACUAGUUCUCAAUCACCAUCUACAGUCUCUAGUUGGGACACAUCUACUCAUAGUCCUUCGACUAUUUCUGAAUGGGGAACUUCAAAUCAACAACCAUCAACAGUAUCUGGAAGUUCUCCAGAAUUGUCAACAAUUUCAUCUUGGGACACAUCAACUCAAAGUCAUUCAACAAUUUCUGAUUGGGGAACAUCUGUUUCAUCUUCAACUCAAAAUUCCUUAUCAGAUUCUGGUUCUCCAACUCUUUCUAUAAUUGAUGAAGAAUCAACUCCUUUAAUAACAACAACUGCAAAUGUAAUUAUGAUAACUGGUCCAUUAUUCAAUCUUCUUCCAACAUCAACAAUUUCAACUCCAAAAACAGAAGGUCAGAUUACAAAACGAGAAACAGGUCAUAAAGAGGGAGAUUGGUUGGCUGUAGCAUGGAAUUCUUUAUUGUGGAAUUACACUUAUGUUACAGAUUCCUCACAAUCGACAACAAUAUCUUCUGUUACGACUUCAUCAAACGAAACAGCAAAUUAUGGUAUUCAAAAAUAUUCGAAAAACUUGAAUCUAAACUAAUCUAAACAAAUUACAGAACUUCCAACAAAUGGAAUGAAUACAAUUGAAGAAGGAAGUGGAAUGUCUGUUAAAGAUUUUAUUGAUAAAGCAAUUUAUACAUUAUCAGAUAAAACAACAACAAUUCAACCAGAAAAUGAUGGUAUGACACAUUGAAACUUGAAAACUGAAUACUGAAAUUGAAACAUGUUUUCAGAAGAUGAAACCACAAUUGUUUCGGUCAUUGAUAAAGUUUUAAAUGCUGGAGGAAACUUGAUUGAUAUUGCCAAAAAUAAUUCCGUUGUCGAUGUUAUAACAAACAGUACUGGAGAAGUUGUUGAUUCUGUUAGCAAUGCAUUAUCAGAUGGUGGAAAUUCUGUUUUAGAAAAUAUUGAUACUGUAACAAUUGGAAGUAUUAUUGAUGAAAUAUCAGAAGAAAGUGAGUAGAUGAAAAGAAAAAUCAUAAAAGCAAAUAAAUUUUUACAGCAAAUUCAAUUAUUGGAAAUGUGACUAUUCCAAGUAUUGAAUCCGGAACUAUUGCAACAAUUAUCGAAACUGUUCCAAGUGGAGGCAAGUUUUAGUGAUCUAGACAGUAACUGUAUGGGAUUUAUAACUUUAAAAUGAAUUUAAAUUACCAAGAAAUAUUUGAACAUAAUUUUCAAGAAGUUUUAAAAAGAAUUUAAAAAUUCUUUUGUUAUAGAAAAACUUGAAAAAAUCCUAGUUUCAGCUGGUACAAUCAUUGAUGUUAUAUCUGAAAAUGGGGGAGCUCUAGUGGAUGCUGUUACAAAUGAAACUGUUAUUCCUUCACUGACAAAUAAUUCGGUAGUAGAAGUUCUAAAAAAUAAUACUGGUGGAUUUGUGGAUUCUGUUAGUGAUGCUAUUUCGGAGGGUGGAAGCAGUGUAUUGGAAAAUGUUGGAAACAUGAUUGAUUCAGUUACUAUUCCAAAUAUUGUUGAAUCAGCAACUAUUUCUACAAUUAUUGAAUCUGUUCCGAAUGGAGGUAGAAUGCGUUUCAAAGGUGGUAGUUAGAAAUCAUAUUAUAUGCUUUCAGUGAGCACAAUAGUUGAUAUAAUUGGUGAAACUGGGGGAGGAUUAGUGGGCACUGUCAUCAAUGGAACUGGAAAUCUUACAAAUAAUAGUGUAGUCGAAACGCUGACCGAAAAUACCGGAGGAUUUGUUGAUACUAUUAGCAAUGCUUUAUCUGAUGGAGGUAACGCUGUAUUGGAAAAUGUUGAAACAGCAAUUGAUUCAGUUACUGUUCCAAAUAUUGUUGAAUCUGCAACUACGAUAGUUGAAUCCAUUCCGAACGGAGGUAAAAUAACGAGCAGAAAUAAUUUAAACAGUACAAUUUUUCAGUGAGUACGAUAGUGGAUAUAAUUGCAGAAAAUAGUGGAUCUGUUACAAAUGGAACUAUGAUUGAAACUAUUGCAAAUGAAGGUAAAAAGACAGUUUUUGAAAAUUUUGAAAACAAUUUUUCAGGAAGCUCUGUGAUCGAAGCAGCAACAUCUAUCAUUGAAACUAGAUCGAUUUCAGAAACUGCUGAUGGAGGUAAUCAAAAAUUAAAACAACAAAAAAUAUAAAAAUUUAUGAUAAUUUAUGAUAAUUUUCAGCGAUUGACACAAUAUCAAACACUGGUUCAGAUCUUUUGAACACCGUCGAAAACAAUGUUCAAAAUUCAACAGUUUCCGAAAUUAUAUCCGCAAGUCUAUCAACAAUUCAAAAAACUCCCGAAAUAAAUUGGAAUGGAGGAAUUGUAACCGGACCAUUAGUUUUUAAUUGA